AUGGGCCACGGGUCGCCGUGCUGGAGGCCGCCGCUGGCUCAAGCGUGGCAGAGCUUGAGCGGAGGCCGUCGGUACGCGGGCUCGCUCGGGCGUGGCGGAGCUCGAGCGGAGGCGGGGUCACCGUGCCAGCGCCCACUGGCAGACAGGAGGCGGCGGCGCUCUGCCCGAUCUGCCUGGACCCCAUGGAGCCCGGCCCCGCGCUUCGCGGACGUGCCGGUGUGCCUGCUCGCUAGCCGCCGCCACCUCGAUGGCCUGGGCGUCGACGCCGACGCGCUCCGCUGCCGGCACAUCUGCUCGGCGUCUUCGCUGGCCACCGCGGCGCCGAGUAGUGCAGCAGCUGGACCUAGUGAUACAGCAGAUGUAUUAAUGGGAAAUAUAGAUGACGACCUUGAUCCGAGUCUGCUUUUUAGUGCUGCUGGUCGUGUUGUUGAUCCUUACCGUAGUCGACUUGAUCCCGAGAUGGUAGAGGCAUUGAUUUGCACCAAAGAUUGGGUAGUGGCAGCAAGAAAAGAUUCUAAAAUUGUUGGUUCAGUUAUGGGUGUUCUUGAGGCAGGAAACAAAGAGGUGGAUGAGGAUGAUAAUGAGGAAGCAGAAGAUCUGGGAAGUGAUCCAGACUGA